UCCCCUUGACUCUAGAGCAGGAUAAAACCAGCGAGGUGUCAGCCAGAUCGUCACUUGAGGAACUUGACUCUCCUUUUUGAAGCCUCCUUGUCCUUAUUCCGUUGCUCUCUCUUUUGAGAAUUCAGGCUUGUAAAGCAGAGUCAACACUACCCUAAAGUUGCAACCAUGAGCUUCAGCAGGACAAGCUACAGAAGCGGCGGCAGCAGCAUGGGCGGCGGCAUGGGGGGCAACACCACCAUUCGCAAGAGUUUCACCAGCCAGUCCUUGGCUGCUCCCGGAUCCACCCGGAUGAGCAGCGGGUCUGUCCGCCAUUCUGGCGCCGGGUUCGGUGGUGGCAUGGGUAUGGGCGGAGGCAGCAGCUUCAGCAGCAGCAGCGCAGGUGGCUACGGUGGUGGUCUCGGCGCUGGCUAUGGUGGUGGUAUGGGUGGUGGAUUCCAUGGCGCCACCAUCACAGCUGUCACAAGCAACCAGAGCCUGCUGGCACCACUGAACCUGGCGAUCGACCCCAACAUCCAGGUUGUCCGCACCCAUGAGAAGGAGCAGAUCAAGACCCUCAACAACCGCUUUGCCUCCUUCAUCGAUAAGGUGCGUUUCUUGGAGCAGCAGAACAAGAUGCUGGAGACCAAGUGGAGCCUCCUGCAGGACCAGACCACCACCCGCUCCAACAUCGACGCCAUGUUCGAGGCCUACAUCUCCAACCUGCGCAGACAGCUGGACGGCCUGGGCAAUGAGAAGAUGAAGCUGGAGGGGGAGCUGAAGAACAUGCAGGGUCUGGUUGAGGACUUCAAGAACAAGUAUGAAGAUGAAAUCAACAAGCGCGCCUCAGUAGAGAACGAGUUUGUCCUGCUGAAGAAGGAUGUUGACGGUGCUUACAUGAACAAGGUGGAGCUGGAGGCCAAGGUUGACGCUCUACAGGAUGAGAUCAACUUCCUCAGGGCCGUCUACGAGGCGGAGCUGCGUGAGCUGCAGGGCCAGAUCAAGGACACCUCUGUGGUGGUAGAGAUGGACAACAGCCGUAACCUGGACAUGGACUCUAUUGUCGCUGAGGUGCGCGCCCAGUACGAGGACAUCGCCAACCGCAGCAGAGCUGAGGCCGAGACCUGGUACAAGCAGAAGUAUGAAGAGAUGCAGAGCUCUGCUGGACAGUAUGGUGAAGACCUCCGCUCAACCAAGACUGAGAUCGCCGAGCUGAACCGCAUGAUCGCUCGUCUCCAGAACGAGAUUGAGUCCGUCAAGGGUCAGCGGGCCAACCUUGAGGCUCAGAUCGCUGAGGCAGAGGAACGCGGUGAGCUGGCAGUGAAGGACGCCAAGCUCCGAAUCAGGGACUUGGAGGAUGCUCUCCAGAGAGCCAAGCAGGACAUGGCCCGCCAGGUGCGCGAGUACCAGGAGCUGAUGAAUGUCAAGCUGGCCCUGGACAUUGAGAUUGCCACCUACAGGAAGCUGCUGGAGGGAGAGGAGAGCAGAAUAUCCUCGGGUGGUGCAUCUGCAACAAUCCAUGUGCAGCAGAGCUCUGGUGGCAACUACUCCAGCGCAGGCUCAGGUGGAUUCGGCUAUGGUGGCGGCAGCAGCAGCUACGGCGGCGGCAGCAGCAGCUAUGGUGGCGGCAGCAGCAGCUACGGCAGCGGCGGUGGUGCCACAAUCACCAAGUCCAUGACAUCCACCAGCUCCAGCAGGCGUUUCUAGAGACUGUCAACUCUCCACCCAAACCAGACCCAUACCAAUCCACGGUGCUACGCAGUACUCUUAGACCUACACAGCUGAUUUACAGUCGGAUUGAUGACCUGUAUUUACGUUUAUUUUUCAAUCCCUCCCAAGACAAAAAAAGAAGAAUAGGCAAGUUGAAUUACACUGCCUUGGUAGAUUCACUGGAAAACAAUGAAAGUAUCACUGUUAUUUCAGGAACAAUACCUGUUCUCCCCUAUAUUAUUCACCAUAAUUCACAGGUAACCAAUAAUGUACAAGUGCCAGUUCCUCACAAGGCCAACAUUUCUAUCUUUCUGCACUGAUGUUUAAGGAAUAUAAAUGGAAAAAGAAAAAGAAAAUGUGUGAAAACGUAAACCAACCUUAAAGAAAGCUAGCUAAGGAUCUACUCUGUACCUUUGUCAGCUUGUAGCUUGCAUCUACAUGUAUCAGUGGUUUUUGGGCAUAUUGCUCUAGCUUCAUACUCAUAGAUGGCAGUGUCAUGGUCAUAAUCAAUUAACUUUGGGCACUUGCUGAUUUGGCAGCUGAAUGGAGAAAACCAUUGACACUAUGUGGUGCUAUGAACAAGUGAUGCCUUCAUAUUCCUUUUAGGUGAUUUAUGUAUGCUAUGAAAGUGAUGAUGUGUCACAGGAUGCUGCUGAGGGGAGAACAGCUCAUAAUAAUGGCUGGAAUGGAGUGAAUUUAAUGCUAUCACAUGGAAACUAUGUGUUUGAGUUCUAUACCAUUACAUUACUAUGAGUCCGUCCUUCCCAGUUAAGGUGCCACCAUCCUCCUGUGGUGUUGUCAUAACAAAAAUAGGCCUUUUUUGCUAACACAUGACAUGUCUCUUUCAUAGUGUACUGAAGUAGAAGGAACAGUAGUCAAUCUUCAGUCACAUAACUCAAAAGGAUAUACUUGUUUGUCAGAGGUUUACAUUUUAGAGAAGUUUCCUGUUAAUAGUUUUUUCUUUGCUUGGUUUUGCUUUUGUUACCAUUAGAAGGAAAUAAUGUUGUGACCAGAUUCUACAUAAUUUGUGACAAUUGACUUAACACCAUAAAUAACUAAAUUAAUUAAUUUGAGAUCUUUAAUCACUGUCUCUAGUGUGUGAAAUGUUUGCCUUUUUUAUGAAUUUUGUGUACUUCACAUGCCUCUCUGGCACCAUCUAGCUGUGCCUUCAUUGAUCAAACUUCAAUGUUGAGCAUUCUGGAAUUUCAGAUAAUUAAACUCCAUUAAACUGA